AUGGAAUCUCAACAGCGCGCUGUAACUCCGCCGCCAGUCAACUCUGCGUCAUCCAAGCCCAAAUCACCUUUGACUCCAGAGCAGCUUCGCAAAAUUGAGAUAAAUCGAAUGAAAGCGAAAGCACUUCGAGAGCAGCAUGAUUCUGAAGUGCGAACUGUUUCAUUAUCUGGAGGUUCUGUUUCUGCAGGACAAAAGCGACCAUAUUCAGCAAUUUCUCCUUUCAAAUCUCCUUCGAGCUCUCGCGAUGCACGGUCAAAUAAACCCAAAGAAAGACCUCUUGAUGAGAUCCUCCCGGCGCGUAACUUCACAAAAUAUGUGGAGUACGACCUGAGCAAGAUGACUGAUACUAAAGGAGGGUUUUUAACAGUGGAAGAUGAUCCGCAUAACAAGGCUUUGCAAACCGGUGAGAAAGACGAAAAACCCGCUCACAUGACAUUAAAAGAGUGGGAGCGACAUCAACUUCUACAAUCCUUACGCCGGGAGAAGGCAGGGCCGUUCGAGCCCGGGCUGAGUGUCCUUGAUAAGGAACAGAAGUCAUGUCGAGAAUGCGGCAGCAAGGAGAUUGACUGGAAAUGGGAAGAAAUACUGAAAUGUGCUGUCUGCAAUUCUUGCAAAGAGAAGUUCCCUGAGAAAUAUAGCCUCCUCACCAAGACAGAAGCAAAGGAAGAUUAUCUAUUGACAGGCUCUGAACUGAAUGAUGAAGAGCUUCUACCUCAUCUUGAGAAACCAAACCCUCAUAAAGCAACCUGGAAUAACAUGAUGCUCUACGUUCGAUUCCAGGUCGAGGAGUACGCGUUUUCACCAAAGAAAUGGGGGUCACCUGAAGCUCUAGAUGCUGAAUUUGAGAGGCGGGAGGCUACAAAAAGAAGACAGAGAGAAGCUAAAUUUAAGACCAAACUUCAUGAUUUGAAGAAGCGAACUCGAGUUGAGGCAUACCGACGAAGCCGCCAGGCUGCAUCAGGAGAAGGGACAGGUGGUCAUUUUGGUGACGAUCUUGGCAGCAGCAAACAUGUGCAUGAAUGGGGGAGACUUGUUGAGAAUCCUGAGACAGGCAUCGGGAUAAAGACAUGCGUGGGGUGUGGGAUGGAGGUCGAAGAACUUGAAUUCUGA